CAAGUCCAUUUUUUAUGUCAUCUAUUCGUGGCACAAUCAUUGAAAACACGUCUUCAGCUGGAACAUUGACACAAAUUCCUUUUUUCCCCAAAUAUGAAGUGGAACUUGAUUCUCCUAGAAAAGUCAUCCCGUACCCUGGAAAGGAACACAUCGAACGUGUUUUGGAAGAAUAUUCACAUCAAGUCAAAGAUCUGCAAAGAAGACUGAAUGAAAGCAAUGAAUUGCAUGAGAAACAGAAGUUUUACUUACGGCAGUCGGUCAUUGAUUUGCAAACAAAACUUCAAGAGAUGCAAAUGGAGAGAGAUGCCAUGGCUGACAUCAGACGAAGGGAGAGUCAAUCCCAGGAGGAUUUAAGAAAUCAGCUUCAAAACACAGUUCAUGAACUCGAAGCUGCCAAGUGCCUUAAGGAGGACAUGCUGAAAGACAGCAACGCGCAGGUAGAACAGCUGAGGAAGAUGAUGCUCGGCCACGAGGGGGUGCUUCAGGAAAUCCGCUCCGUCCUCGCCGACUUCGAAGAAGCCUCAGGCAAGAAAAUAUACGAACACGACAGUGUGUCUACUCUCCACUUCCGCAACAUGGGCUCGGCUAUUAGUAAAAUCCUAAGAGAAUUAGACACAGAGAUUUCUUAUCUUAAAGGGAGGAUAUUUCCAGUGGAGGACCAGCUUGAAGCACUGAAAUCUGAAUCCCAGAAUAAAAUAGAAUUGCUUCUUCAACAGCAUCAAGAUAGGAUUGAGCAGUUAAUAAGUGAGCAUGAAAUUGAGAUAACGGGCCUUACCGAGAAAGCCAACAGUGCUCGAAGCCAGGCCAAUAGCAUCCAGAGUCAGCUGGAAAUCAUUCAAGAACAAGCAAGAAACCAGAAUUCAAUGUAUAUGCGUCAACUCAGCGAUCUGGAAUCUACUGUUUCUCAGCUACGUUCUGAGUUAAGAGAAGCCAAAAGGAUGUACGAAGACAAGAUAGAAGAGCUUGAAAAGCAGUUAGUCCUUGCCAACUCAGAACUAACCGAGGCACGGACGGAACGUGACCAGUUCAGUCAGGAAUCUGGAAAUUUGGAUGAUCAGCUUCAAAAGCUGUUGGCUGACCUGCAUAAAAGAGAGAAGGAGCUGAGUCUGGAGAAGGAGCAGAAUAAGCGUCUGUGGGACCGGGACACAGGCAACAGCAUCACCAUCGACCACCUGCGGCGGGAGCUGGACGACAGGAACAUGGAGGUGCAGCGCCUGGAAGCCCUCCUCAAGUCCAUGAAGAGCGAGUGUCAGGGCCAGAUGGAGCGGCAGAUGGCAGCAAUCCAGGGCAAGAAUGAAAGUCUAGAGAAAGUGUCCUCCUUGACUGCCCAGCUUGAAUCCACCAAAGAGAUGCUCCGCAAAGUGGUAGAAGAGUUGACCGCCAAGAAGAUGACCCUGGAGAGCUCGGAGAGGACCGUGUCGGACCUGACCGCUUCCCUGCAGGAGAAGGAGAGAGCCAUCGAGGCCACCAAUUCAGAGAUCACGAAGCUGCGCUCCCGCGUGGACCUGAAACUGCAGGAGCUGCAGCACCUGAAAACCGAGGGCGACCACCUCAGAAACGUGCGGACCGAGUGUGAGGCCCUCCGGCUACAGAUGGCAGAGAAGGACAAGGUGAUCGAGAUUUUGCGCCAGCAGAUUGAGAACAUGACGCAGCUGGUUGGCCAGCACGGGCGGACGGCGGGCGCCAUGCAAGUGGAAAAGGCUCAGCUGGAGAAGGAGAUCAACGACAGGAGGCUGGAGCUCCAGGAGUUCAAGAUUUUAAAAGAUAAAAAAGAUGCAAAGAUCCGGGAGCUUGAGGCCCGAGUGAGUGACCUGGAGCUGGAAAAGGUGAAGCUGGUGAAUGCGGGCUCCGAGCGGCUGCGCGCGGUGAAGGACAUCAAACAGGAGAGAGAUCAGUUAUUAAAUGAGGUGAAAACCGGUAGGACUGAGUUGAACACCCUCACAGAGGACUACGAAGUCUUAAAAAGGAAUUUCCGAAACAAAACUGAAGAAAUGGAAGCUACUACAAACAAACUGAAAAUGCAGUUAAAGUCCGCACAGUCUGAACUUGAGCAAACGAGAAAUACGUUGAAGUCGAUGGAAGGAUCCGAUGGUCAUGCUAUGAAAGUGGCCAUGGGGAUGCAGAAGCAAAUCACGGCUAAAAGAGGUCAAAUAGAUGCACUUCAGAGCAAGAUACAGUUUUUGGAAGAGGCAAUGACUAACGCAAAUAAGGAAAAGCAUUUUCUAAAAGAAGAGAAGAAUAAAUUAAGCCAGGAACUGAGUACUGUUGCAACAGAAAAAAACAAGAUGGCUGGAGAACUGGAGGUCCUGAGAUCCCAGGAACGGCGUUUGAAAGAAAAGGUUGCGAAUAUGGAAGUUGCCCUUGAUAAGGCAUCGUUGCAGUUUGCAGAAUGUCAAGAUAUCAUACAGCGUCAGGAACAAGAGUCUGUGCGCCUAAAACUUCAACACACUUUGGAUGUAAAAGAACUUCAGGGCCCCGGGUUCACCUCGAACACUUCCGUGAAGUCUCGCCUCCUGCAGCCGCCCGCAGCCGCCCGCUCCCAUUCGAACGUGCCGUCGUCCCAGUCCACGGCCAGCUUCCUGUCUCACCACUCUGUGAAACCCGCCACAUUGAAGGAAGAUCCAACAAGGGACCUGAAACAGCUUCUCCAAGAGUUGAGAAGUGUGAUCAACGAGGAGCCAGCUGUGCCGCUGGGCAAGCCCGAGGAGGAAGGGAGAACACCGUCCCUGGGCGUCUCCUACGUGGCUGUAAGCAACAACUCAUUAAGGGACUCCACUGAAGGCAGCAAAUCCAGUGAUACCCUUAGCAGAGAGCCUGUCACAUUGCACACAGGAGACUUGGAGGACCCAUCCAGCUGCUUCACGUUCCCGUCCACAGCAAGUCCAUCUGUGAAAAAUUCAGCUUCUCGAUCAUUCCAUUCAUCUCCUAAGAAGUCCCCGGUUCACUCACUGCUGACUAGUUCGGUUGAAGACUCAGUGGGUUCCACACCCCAGUACAGAUCCACGAAACCUGUGCAUUCGUCUGACUCUGUUAAAGUCUCAGCCAGUAGAAACAACAGGAAAAACGUGCAGAAAGCUUCAGAACCGACUGGAAAGCUUGCAGACUCUUGUAGAAGACUUACAGAUGAAGAACCAAGCAAUGUCUUCAAUGAUCAGAAAUCAAGAAAAGAGGAUACAGAAAGUGAAAGACCAGGAAAAAAUGUUACUAAAAUGAUACAUUGUUUGCCUCUUCUUUACAGAAGAAUGAGGCCCAAUUAAUUGUGGUGUUGCUUAUAAUUAGUGCCCUGUGUACUUUUUUCUUUUUAUGUGAAAAUUUAAUAAAAGAUACCCUGUCCUGUAAACUCUAUUUUGAAAUAAACUAUUCUU